AUGAAAACAUUCUAUUUACUCUGCCAAGAAUUCAAACAAGUAGUUUUUGGAGUCAAGCAAUUCUCUUGGGCAAGUAGGAGAACGAACAUACACAACGAACAAAUUUUUACAUUGUUUGGUGGAUACACAACAUUUACGCACUUGAGAGUACAAAAAGUUAAUAAGCCGAUAAACCUUCGACAUGAAUUCUUCCUACAAAUUGGGAGUAUUUCAUGA